ACGACUUGUCCUGGCAGUUUUCGUUCGAUUUUGCUCCGGUUUGCAAGUGAUCUUUCGGUGAUAAUCGCGCGAUCAAAACGUGCUGUUUAUUUUUUGUCGUUCAUUUGUCCAUUCCAAUCCAGUUUGUCUUAUCACAUCACAACCAUUUUCUCCAAAUUCGUCCAUACUAGUGUUCGAUAUAUUAGCAACAUGAGUGCACCAAAAGCCGACAUUGCUCUCAUCGGCUUGGCCGUUAUGGGACAGAACCUGAUCCUCAAUAUGAACUCUAAGGGUUUUGUGGUGUGUGCUUACAAUCGCACCGUUGAUAAGGUGAAACAGUUCCUGGACAACGAAGCGAAGGGAACCAAAAUCAUUGGCGCUACUUCGUUGCAGGAUAUGGUUAAUAAGCUGAAGAAACCGCGAAAAAUUAUGCUUCUUGUAAAAGCCGGCAGUGCGGUAGACGAUUUUAUCCACCAGUUACUUCCGUUGAUCGAGAAGGGUGACGUUAUUAUCGAUGGUGGCAACUCCGAGCAUCAGGAUUCGGCCCGUCGCUACGAGGAAUUGAAAGCGAAGGGCAUUUUGUAUGUCGGAUCGGGUGUAAGCGGUGGAGAAGAAGGUGCCCGCUAUGGGCCUUCUCUAAUGCCAGGCGGACAUCCGGAUUCGUGGCCACUGAUCAAGGAUAUUUUUCAGUCCAUCUGUGCCAAAUCGAAUGGUGACCCGUGCUGCGAAUGGGUCGGCGAAGGUGGUGCUGGACACUUUGUCAAAAUGGUCCACAAUGGUAUCGAGUACGGAGACAUGCAGCUGAUUUGCGAAGCAUACCACUUGAUGCUGGCACUAGGAAUGAGUCAGAAAGAAAUGGCCCAGGAGUUUGAUGAAUGGAACAAGGGUGUUUUGGAUUCAUUCCUGAUUGAGAUUACCCGUGAUAUUCUCAACUAUAAGGAUGGUGACGGUUAUUUGCUGGAACGUAUCCGUGAUACGGCUGGACAGAAAGGCACUGGCAAGUGGACAGCGAUUGCCGCUUUGCAUCACGGCGUUCCAGUAACACUAAUAGGUGAAGCAGUGUUUUCCCGAUGCUUGUCGGCGUUAAAGGAAGAGCGAUGCAAGGCUAGCAAGCAGCUAGCGGGACCGAAUGUAAAGGCAUCGGUUACUGAUAGAAAAGCCUUCCUAACCCACAUUCGCAAUGCUCUAUAUUGCGCUAAAAUUGUGUCCUACGCUCAAGGCUUCAUGUUGCUACGGGAAGCUGCCAACGAGUACAAGUGGAAUCUCAAUUAUGGUGGAAUCGCAUUGAUGUGGCGUGGAGGUUGUAUCAUUCGAAGCGUCUUUCUGGGCAAUAUUCGUGAUGCUUUCGUACGCAACCCUCAGUUAUCUAAUUUGUUACUGGAUGGCUUCUUCAAGGAUGCUAUUGUGAAGAACCAACAAUCGUGGCGGGAAGUAGUUAGUCAAGCUGUCCUGUGGGGAGUUCCGGUGCCUGCCAUGUCUGCUGCUCUCGCUUUCUUCGAUGGGUACCGCUCGGAACGGUUGCCAGCUAAUCUGCUACAGGCUCAACGUGACUACUUCGGUGCACACACGUACGAACUGCUCGGUAAGGAAGGUAAAUUUGUGCACACCAACUGGACCGGAAAGGGAGGCAAUGUGUCGGCUAGUACUUAUUUGGCUUAAUUCGCAAGAGGGGAUCUUGAAGUCACAUUCCUGGUUGAGCUAGUUUCCUACAGAACGAGACAUACUUUCGCAUAUAUCGUUAUUUAUUGUUGCUCAUUUUCUAGGUUUCAAAAUUAAUUACGUUGUAAUUAAACUGGUUGUUUAGGA